AUGUGUGCUGCUAUGAACAUGUUUGUGAUCAUGUCUCGGCAUGUCCCGGGCAAAAGUAACCUCAUCGCGGAUACUCUAUCUCGUUUGCAGAUUCGUCGAACUAGCCCCGGAAGCAAACCGCCUGCCAUGCCAGGUCCCACAUCCAUCGGAGGUAUUCUGGAGGUAGGGAGAGUAGUCGCAGACCUGUGGGAGGCGGCAUUAGCCCCAAGUACCUUAAAAACUUACCACACGGGUUAUAAUACAUUCGUUCAAUUUCUACCAAAGGCCGGCCUCAUCAACAGUGUCAACUUAGCAGGAAUGUGUGUUACAGAGGACCUGCUGAUACAAUUCGUAGCUUACUGCCAUAGUAUUAAUCUAACUUAUACGACAAUUAAGUUAUACGUGUGUGGUAUCCGGUUCAUGUGCAUGAAGAACAACAUUACAUACCCCAAUAGUGCCAAAUUGAAUAGAAUGCAAGCCAUUCUAGGAGGCGUGAAACGAACCAACAUUAAGGUAACGAAACCACGACAUCCAGAUACAUUUGAUAUUCUAAAAGCAUUAAGUGUGUAUUUACGUUCAAAUGCCACCUCGUUUGGUAACCUCAUGUUAGAAACCGUGUGUAUAGUGGCCUUUUACGGUUUCUUGAGGUGCGGGGAUUUUACUGUCAAAUGUUACUUUGACCGCAAUAUCAAUCUCUAUGUCCAAGAUCUGGUCAUAGCGGACGAAUAUGUGCUACUCCGUCUAAGGACAUCCAAGACGGAUCCCUUUAGGGAAGGUAUCACUUUGAAAUUGUUCAAGACCGAUAACUCUAUAUGCCCAUACGUCGCUUGUUGUAAAUAUGUGGAAGCGAGACAGCAACAAAACCCGUCACAAGAUGACCCCCUGUUCGUGGACGAGAAUGACAAAGUCUUGACUAGGAACGUAUUUAUCGAAAAAUUCAAACAUGUGCUAGAAUGUUUAGGCAUUAACUCAAAUGAGUACAAUGGACACAGCUUCCGUAUCGGGGCCGCGACAAGUGCUUCAACAGCCCACGUUCAAGAUCACCUAAUAAAAAUACUGGGAAGGUGA